GUUGCAUCUCAACCAGACACCCAACGGAUUGCUCACAAAUCUCACCCAUCAAAACCCCGAGAAACGGCACGACCGGCCCAUUUCAGGCAGACGCAAAGCCAAUAACAUAAACCGAGGUGGCAAAAAGAAGGACAAAUAGAGGGAGAGAGAGACGGGAAAAUGUCACAUCACUGCCACGACGAACAUACUCACGCCCACGGCGGCGGCGACGACCCGCACGACCACUCGGACGACAUCACGCCGGCCCUGCAGCACUCGCUGUACCAGCACAUCUGCUUCGACGAGAUCACGACCAUGAACGAGGCGCGGUACGGCUCCGGCAGGGAGGUCGUCCGCAAGACGUGGCAGGAGCGCAUGAGCCCUGAGCCGGAGGUGGCGAGUGAUGUUGAUGAGCAGUUGUUGAUUAAUAUUCCGUUCACGGGGCAGGUGAAGCUGCACUCGAUCCUGCUGCGCACGUCCGACUCGGACUCGGCGCCCAAGACGCUCAAGGUCAUCAUCAACCGCGAGGAUGUCGACUUCGGCGUCGCCGAGGAGACGGACGGCACGCAGACGUUCGAGCUGAGCCGCACGGCCGAGGUGCAGGAGCUACCCGUGCGCCGGGCGCGUUUCAACGCCGUUCGCCGGCUGACCCUGUUCUUCCCGGACAACUUCGGCGACGGCGAGGAGGACGUCACGCGGAUUUCCUACAUCGGCUUCAAGGGCGAGUGGAUGCAGCUGGGGCGGGCGCCGGCGAACAUCCUCUACGAGGCGGCGGCCAACCCGGCGGAUCACAAGCUCAAGGGGACCAGCGUCAACCAGAUGGGCAGCGGGAUUGGAGGGCGGGGGCCGGGGAUUUAGCCGAUGAUGAGGCUUCGCAGGCAGCAGAUCAAGAACGGCAUGGAACUACAUGAAGUCCUCCUCCCAGUUCUCGUCCCGGUCCUGGUUGCUCGCCGCCGCCAUGUUCUCCUCGGUGAAGAGGUCGUCGUAGGCAUGCUCCUUCUGCCACUUCUUCUCCUGGCGCUCCUUGGCCAGGCGGGCCUCCUCCUUUUUCUGCAGGACGGCAUUCACAAGUCAUCAGUCAGCGCUGCACAUACCGUGAAGGGGG